UCUAACAACACCAAACUUGCCAAAAAUUGACAAGGCGAUCGUGGGAUUCAACAAUGACGACUAGUCCAAAACUACUCGUCUUUUGCAUGUGUCUGCAUUCGGUAACAUAUGUCUAUUCUCAUGAUGUCGACUGCUCUUUUUACGACACUCUGGAACAAAGUAUGGGCUGUGGCGAAAGAGGGUACCUAGUUGGUUUUGGAAAGCAUUUCUGCAAAGAAAUACAAUGCAAGUCUUGGCUGAUGGAUCGAGAGGGAGAAGACUGGUCGAAAAGAGUUUUAAGAUGCAUGGAAGAAAGAAUAGAUGAACUACAGAGUCAUAGUUGUGAAGAUUUUACUCCUGAAAACCUGCUACAUUCUACAUGUUAUUUUGCCGAAGGAGACACUUGUGCAGUUAGGAAAACAGCGCGAAACAGACUAGCAAUUUGGAUGCUUCCUUGGAAAAGGGACAAAAUAUGGUCGGGAAGUAAACAUGCUUAUUUUGAAGCGAACAACAUGUGCUGUAAUCCUCUUGACAAAACUAUAAAUGUUGCUGGAAAGAAAUUGAAAUUUAUUCCUCAACCCAUAGCUCCUGUUUACGAUGAUAGCAGAUGUACUACUGGUCGAGGGGGUUCUUGCAUGCUGAUUUCUGACGAUUGUGAGGGUAGCUUCAUUAGUAAGCAAUGUGGAGGCCCUGCAAAUAGGCAAUGUUGCAUCCCCACCCCAUCCCCUUCCUCAAACAGCGCACCAUUUAUACUACGGAUGACCUAUGAACUACAAAUUGAGACUUGCCCAACCUCGUUAGAAGAAACAUCGAAGGCUUUGAAAGCAGUUUUCACAAAUAUUUUAGCUGAACUUUGUCAGUCUUGCAAAUUUGAAAAUACAAUUAAGUAUUGCGGUUCGCCAACAGAUGAAGCCAUACCUAAACCGGUAAAGCGUUCAACAGAGAGGGUAAAACGUGAAGCUGGGCCUAAAUUCGAAACUUUGAUUGGAGCUUUAAAAUCUGAUACAAUGGUAUAUUCAGGAUCAUUAGAAGACUUAAAUAAUGAACUGAAGUCAUACGCUGAUAGAAUAAGUACAGCUAUAACCUCUACAAGUAUAUCAGGAAUCACUGUCACCGAUACUCCCAUAGUAUUUAUAACGUCUAAAGAGGGAAAAUGUGUCUUAUAUUCGGACCUUACUUAUGAACUUAAAACAAUAAAUCGGAAUGGAGAAAUGUGCAUCGACGAGAUUGGAGUUUGUUUCACAAGCGGGCCAUUUGGCAUGUUUCCCGAAACGCCCAAAAAUAUAGAACUCAGUAUGUACCUGUACACACGUGAGAGUAGAGAGUCAUGGAACUGUCUGUCACCUGAGUUCUCGACUGGUAUAACCAUCAACCCAAAUAAACCAACUAAAGUGAUUGUGCAUGGCUAUAAUGCAGAUGGAUACGAUACCACGGAUUGGCCUCAUCAAAUGAGAAGGGAGUUGCUUAGAGAGGGCGAUUACAAUGUUAUUAUUGUUGAUUGGUCUGAAGGGGCUGAAGUAAAAGCGCUCAAAUUAUCUCUAGGAUUACUCUCUAUUGGGAUAAAACAAAUCGGCGCAGGUAUAGUCCUCACCAUUCAAGGAAUAAGGGAGUUAUAUGGUGCAGCUGCCACCAAUACCCAAUUAGUAGGUCAUAUGAUUUACUCAGUGCUGAAGCAGAAGAAUGUUAAUAUGGGUAAUGUUCAUUGCAUAGGCCAUAGUCUAGGUGCCCACGUAUGUGGAUUUCUUGGUAAAUCAGCUGGAGAGAAGACUAUUGGCAGAAUAUCAGGAAUGGAUCCUGCAGGACCAAAGUUUGAAGGGAACAACGUUGAAUUCAGACUUGAUCCCUCUGAUGCUAAAUUUGUUGAUAUUAUCCAUACAGAUACGGAUAUAUUUGGUUAUUUGAAACAACUUGGCCAUGUAGACUUUUACCCGAAUGGAGGUCGGGACCAGCCAGGUUGUUUCCUUAUUGUCUGUGACCACUCGGUUGCUAUUAAACUCUACCUUGAAUCAAUAGACCAAACCUGCAUCUUCUAUUCAACACAAUGCAGUUACAGUAAAAUCAAUGAAAAGGAUGGUGAUAUAUGUUAUAAUAGAACUGUCGAUUCAUGCUCGAUGAACGUGAUGGGGUACUAUUCCGAUAGAUUUAUGGACCGACACGGGGCGUUUUAUCUCAAGACUAAUAAAAAUAAACCAAGAUGCAAUUUCUGCGUAACAACAUCACCAUGUGACACUACGCAGGGCGCGACAGAGGAGUAUGACGAUGGUAAAUGUGAAUGUCUCAAAGGAACGUGUAAGUCAGUUGCUAAUGGUUGCAAUGGGGGAAACUUUUACACAGGAAAGUGUGGAGGCCCGGUAGAUAGAAAGUGUUGUGUACCAACAUACCCUAACUAUAACGACGUAUCGUGUGUAUCAAGGCAAGGGGUGUGCAAGAUAACUACAGUUGAGACCUGUAACUGUGGACAAUUCUAUUCCGGUCUUUGUGAUGGACCCUCGCAUAGGCAAUGUUGUAUCUCUGAAUAGUUAAUUAUGUGGAUCGAUUCUAUUCAGAUUGUAUAAUUACUAGCCCUCAUUCAACAAAGGAUUUUUGGUGAUUAAGAAUUUGUACGGAUACUCUAUGCCUUAAACAUAGAUAGCAAAAAGCAAUAAUAAGAUUUUCAGAUUUUUCUAAAAUGUUGACUAUCUAUGUCUUGAUUGAUAUAGAAUUUUAUCAAAUAUCAGAAAGUUCACAAGAACAUAUAUUUUCUGAAUGCUUGAGCCAUAAACCUUUUGGAAAUUAUAUUGGGCAUGUAUAUAAGGCAGCAGGUAUGGGUAUGGUAGUCCAUGGAGAUGAAUCGAAAAAAAAAUAUUUUGUACUUUGUUUCCAGAUAAUCUCACAUUGUGUAAAUCCAUGUAAUUGCAUGUAAGCUAUAUAGAUAAGUGUAUAAAUGUGUAUAAACUCAUCAACCACUAGUUUAAGUUUAUUUCCACAUCGCCCAUAGCUGGUAAUAUUGAGAGUGCAAGUUACAAAUACAAAGUACAUAAAAUAAAAAAUUAGACAUUAUAAUACAAUAAAUGUACAACAUACAAUUAACAUUAACAAGUUCACCAUAAUAUCAUUACACUAUGAACUUCAAAUUCUUAAAUACAUUUUCAGCAAUUUAUUGAGAUAUUAAAAUGUGUCUUAAACAAUAUGUUAAUGAAAACAUUUAUAAGAAAUUGAAUGUAAAUACAUCUACAUGUAAAUAGAAAUGUACAGGGAUUGAAGAUUUCGAGGUGUCAAACUUUGCCUACUUUAAACUCAUUUAAUUGGUUUGCUCCAUUUCCUUGGAAAUGAAUAUACAAUUGUGCAAUUAAGAUUGCAGUCUUCAAUGAAUAUCUCCCCAUCUAAAGAUGACAACCAUCAUUUUCUCUUAGUGACAUGAUGACACCUAAUAUUGCAAUCUUCAAUAAAUAUCUCAACAACUUAAAAUGACGCCCAUGAGAGAUUGAGCAUAAUAGUUAAAUAACGCCCACCAUUUAUUACUCUUAGUGACAUAAUGACGCCUAAGAUUGCAGUUUUCAAUAAAUAUCUCACCAACUUAAAAUGAUCUAUCAUAAGGAGGUACUCCUAUUGUGCUCUGGUGAGGCAAAUGUACUGUACCUAAUUAACCCUUACCAAUGUUCUUUGCACUGACAUUUGUUAUAUUAAAUAGAAUACAUGUACACUUUUUAUUUCAGAUUAAAAUAUUUGCUGUAAAACUUUAUUAUUCAUUA